AUGUUGUUAAAUACUCUCGUUAAAGCUGCCUUAUUAGCUCAAGCCCUCGCUGCCCCAGUUGUCCAACAACACCAACACCACCAACACCAAGACAAGAGAGCUGUCCAUGUUGUUACCAAGACCAACGUUGUUGUUGUCACCGUUGGUGCUGGUGAUGCCACCGUUACCUUAGCUCCAGUUGACUUACCACAACCAACUGCUGACGUCAAAGUCUCCGCCGUCACUGACGCUCCUCAAAACGCUCCAGAAGCUGCCACCUCAACUGCUCCAGCUCCACCAGCAGAAUCUACCUCCUCCUCUGCUGCUGCUCCAGCUUCUACCGGUUCCUCCCAACCAGAUUCUGGUUCUGUUGGUGCUGGUGGUGCCAAGGGUAUCACUUACACCCCAUACUCUGACGAUGGUGGUUGUAAAUCUGGAUCUCAAAUUGCUUCUGAAAUUGCAUCCUUAUCUGGUUUCGAUGUCAUCAGAUUGUACGGUGUUGACUGUGACCAAGUCGCUCAAGUCUUACAAGCCAAGUCUUCUUCCCAAAAGAUCUUUGCUGGUAUCUUUGAUGUUUCCAACAUUGGUGCUGGUGUCCAAGCCAUUGCUGAUGCCGUCAACGCUCACGGUUCUUGGUCUGACAUCUACACUGUUUCUGUUGGUAACGAAUUAGUCAACUCCGGUCAAGCUAAUCCAUCUCAAAUUGGUCAAUACGUUUCUACUGCCAGAUCUGCUUUAACCUCUGCUGGUUACUCUGGUCCAGUUGUAUCCGUUGAUACUUUCAUUGCUGUUAUUAACAACCCAGAAUUAUGUCAAUACUCCGACUACAUUGCUGUCAACGCUCACUGUUUCUUUGAUGGUCACUAUACUGCUGAAGAUGCUGGUCCAUGGGUUUUACAACAAAUCCAAAGAGUUUGGACUGCUUGUAACGGUGCUAAGAAUGUUUUCAUCACCGAAACCGGUUGGCCAUCCCAAGGUGACGCCAACGGUGUUGCCGUCCCAUCCAAGCCAAACCAAGAAGCUGCUAUUAACUCCAUCAAGUCUACUUGUGGUGACAGUUCUAUUUUGUUCACUGCUUUCAACGAUUUAUGGAAGACUGAUGGUCCAUUCAAUGCUGAAAAAUACUGGGGUAUCUUCUCUAACUAA